UUGUACAAUUAUUACGGCGUGUUUAGAUGUGAGUAUCAUUGUGAGUGAUUUCGCACCUACUUUUAUUAUUUAUUGAAUUUGAAAGGAUGAAAAAUAAAUAAUUAAUUUUAAACGAUGGAAGAUAAGUUUGCAAAUGUUUCUGAAGCAGACAUGGCUACAAUUUCAACAGAACCUCCAGUAUUGAGACUAUUUGUAUCUAAUGACUCAUCAGGCAUUGUAACUGAUGAUUCUAAUGAUUUUUAUAUUCUUGAAUUCAAUGAAGAAAACGCUCUUCUCAUGAGCUCGGAAAUAGAUCAGACCAGCUUUCUAAAUGAUGUUUCAAUUCCCCUGAAUGAUGAUUUUCAAACGUUUAGCAAAAGUAAUUUAAGAACGGUGAUGCUAGCAGAUGGAACCCAGGCAUUUUUAGCAGCUGAUUCUUUGAAUUCUGAAAUGCUAGAUUUGAAUGAUACAGAAUUGAAUUUUAUUCAAAACCAAGUGUUAAAUGAACAAGUUGUGGGUGAUGAUUUAGUUUAUGAAAUUAAUGGUUCAUCAAGUGAAAGUCCUCCAGUUUCAGCAGAGGUUGAAGAAGAAUUGCAUGGAAAAAAAUAUGCUUGCACUUACAAAGGCUGUGAAAGAAGAUAUACCACAAAACAUCACCUAAGGGUGCAUGAAAGAGUUCACACUGGAGAACGACCUUACGUUUGCAAAAACUGCAGUCGAUCAUUUGCAACAAGUUAUUCUCUGAAAACUCAUUGCAGAACACAUACAGGAGCCAGACCUUUUGAAUGCUUUUUUGAAAAUUGUAAAAAAGGGUUCAAAACAUCUGGAGAUUUGCAGAAGCAUGUUAGAACUCAUACAGGUGAAAGACCAUUUACUUGUUUAAUAGAUGGGUGUGAUAGAAGCUUUACUACUUCAAAUAUUAUGAAAGUUCAUAUGCGUACCCACCACACGGGAGAGCGUCCAUAUGCAUGUAAAUAUUGUGAUAAAAGAUUUUCGUCAACAACAAAUUAUAGGAAUCAUGAGCGUAUUCAUACUGGGCUCAAACCUUAUGCUUGUGCAGUUGAGUCUUGUGGAAAACGAUUUACUGAAUAUUCAUCUUUGUAUAAGCAUCAGAUUGUGCAUGAGCCUUCUAAACAGUUUAAGUGCAACAUAUGCAAUCGGGUUUUUAAAUUGGCACAAACUUUGCAAAAUCAUUAUUUAUCAGCACAUUCAUCAAAUGCAAAGAAUGAAAUGGAUAUAGUAAUAAUACCACAAAAUAAAAUUGAAUAUAGUAGUGAUAGUUUAAAUGUUAUUGAAAAUAACUUGAACUCUUCAAUGAUUAUUUAA